AUGCAGUUGCAGCCAGCAGGAACUGGGAACAUGGCUUCUGCAGCCGCAGCGGCACUCGUGAACUGGGGGUUUCUGGAUUACAAGACAGAGAAGUAUGUGCUGACCAGAAACUGUCGGGUGGGCGUCUCCCAGAGGCUGCUGCAGCUGGCAGUGGUAGGCUACGUGAUAGGGUGGGCCCUCUUGGCCAAAAAAGGAUACCAGGAACGGGACUUGGCCCCCCAGAUUUCUGUCAUCACCAAACUCAAGGGGGUUUCUGUAACCCAGGUUAAGGAGCUGGAGAACCGGCUGUGGGAUGUGGCUGACUUUGUGAAGCCAUCACAGGGAGAGAACGUGUUCUUCCUGGUAACCAACUUCCUCGUGACACCAGCUCAAGUCCAGGGUAGAUGUCCAGAGCAUCCUUCCGUUCCUCUGGCUAACUGCUGGGCUGAUGAAGACUGUCCUGAAGGGGAGACGGGGACAUACAGCCAUGGCAUAAAAACUGGUCAGUGUGUGGUGUUCAACGGAACCCACAGGACCUGUGAGAUCUGGAGCUGGUGCCCAGUGGAGAGUGGUACUGUGCCCAGGAAGCCCCUGCUAGCUCAGGCCAAGAACUUCACACUCUUCAUCAAAAAUACUGUAACCUUCAGCAAGUUCAACUUCUCCAGAACCAAUGCCUUAUUUACCUGGGACAGCACAUAUUUCAAGCAUUGUCUCUACGAUCCACUCUCCAGUCCGUACUGCCCAGUGUUCCGCGUCGGGGACCUUGUGGCCAUGGCUGGAGGGGACUUUGAGGACCUGGCGCUGCUGGGUGGUGCUGUGGGCAUCAGCAUUCACUGGGACUGCAACCUGGACAGGAAAGACUCUGACUGCUGUCCCCAGUACUCCUUCCAGCUGCAGCAGAAGGGGUACAACUUCAGGACAGCCAAUCACUGGUGGGCAGCCUCAGGUGUGGAGACCCGGAGCCUGCUCAAGCUCUAUGGAAUCCGUUUUGACAUUCUUGUCACUGGGCAGGCAGGGAAGUUUGCGCUCAUCCCUACGGCCAUCACAGUGGGCACAGGAGCAGCUUGGCUGGGCAUGGUCACCUUCCUCUGUGACCUGCUGCUACUGUACGUGGAUAGAGAGGCCGGUUUCUACUGGAGGACCAAAUAUGAAGAGGCAAGAGCCCCAAAGACAACUACCAACAGUGCGUAGACCAGAGCCAGCCUUCUCACCUGCUAACCCUGUUGCCCAAGUGUCCUAGGAGUGGUUUGCACCUGCCCCAUGUCUGCUGCUCCUGGGAUCCAGGCUUCCAUGCACCGGUGGCCUGUUUGGAUGGCUGUCACCCACUGGCCUGUUCAUUCCCGGGGCUUACACCCUCUCCCUGCUGGUUAAAGUGUAGGGCUUGGGGAGGAGGAGGGUUCUGGCUUGGGAACAUGGUGGACAAAGCUUCAGCAGGACUGGAGAGGGGGUUGGGAUAAUUCUGACAGACUCCCGAAUGCAGACUCUCUCCUAGGUUCAGCCAGAGGGGUAGGGGGGCAAUGUGGCUGAAUGAGUGGUGGCUGGCAUCCUUGGAACCUUCUAUAUGUCUGCUGGGGGAGACUCUGCCAUCCAGUUCAAGCCCUCCAUCCCCACCCUGGCCCUGGCUACCAGGUUUCUCAGGAGCCUAAGGUGUGAGAAAUUGCAUGUCUAGGAUUUACGGCCAUCAAGUCAGUCCUGGAAACCUCAACCGACUCUGAAGCCCCUGCCUGCCAGAGCCUUAACUCUGACCCCAGCCAGAGUGCCAUAGUUUUGAGGUACAAUCUCCGUGAAGCGCACAGGCUGGCUGGUUCUGGAUCUAUAACCAUGCGAGGCCUUGGUCCUUCCCUCAGUGAGACUCUCCCCAUGUACCAGAGCCAUAGAAAGGAUGGCAAGGACAGGCUGCAGAGAUGUUCUUGGUCCAAGUGUCGGGCACAGUUUAGGAAGUAAAGAGGCAGUUUUGUUGUGCCUGUGUGGUCACCGAGGGAGAACCAAGGCUGAAGUGAAAACAGCAGCGACAGCUGGGAUCCCGGGCUUCCACAGCCUCCGAAAAAACCUUCGGAGUUCCCGGUGCCGCUCAACUCUCAGGACUAUGACCUGCAAAGGGCUAGGAUGGGAAGGCACGGCUCCUGGAGGUGGUUCACGUGGACACAGUAGUCCUGGGGGGAGGGGGACCCAAAGAACCCUGAUAU